AUGCCGUCAGAUAUAUUAGAGCUUACCACGCAAUUCAUGAGGAAACCCAGAAGAAUCCUCGUAAAAAAAGAUGAAUUAACACUUGAGGGUAUUGCACAAUAUUAUAUUGAUGUGCAAAGAGAAGAAAAUAAAUUCGAUACUCUCGUUGAUCUAUAUGAAACACUCACCAUCACCCAGGCUAUUAUUUACUGCAACACGCGAAGACGCGUGCUGCAGCUGGUGGAGAUGAUGACGGGUCAGGAUUUCACAGUUUCAGCUAUGCACGGUGACAUGGAGCAGCAGCAGCGUGAGACAGUGUUACGUGAGUUUCGUAGCGGUUCAACUCGUGUAUUGAUUACAACAGAUUUAUUAGCGAGAGGUAUUGAUGUGCAACAGGUUUCUUUGGUUAUUAACUAUGAUAUUCCUAUAUCUAAAGAAAACUAUAUUCAUAGGAUCGGUAGAAGUGGACGUUUCGGGCGUAAAGGUAUCGCCAUCAACUUCGUUACCGUCAACGAUAUGGAUCAGCUGAAAGAGAUAGAAACCCACUACAACACACAAAUUCAAGAAAUGCCAGCUAAGCUGGAGACCAAGUAA